UAGGAUUUUGUGGAAAAUUCAGUGAUUUCUGCAACACCACACCGACUAUACCACUAGAAACAUGAAGACCUUCAUUUUACUCGGAGUCUUGGUUGGCAGUGCCCUCUCACUCCCUACUUUAGGGGGUCUUGGUGCACUUGGUGGACUCAGUGGAGCGGCCGGUGGCGCCGCUUCAUUAGGUGGUGCCGCUGGUUUAGCUGCGGGCAUCGGUGGCGGCGCAGGAGUCGGAGGAGCCAUUGGCGGAGCUGCCGGGGCUGGUGCCGGAGUAGCUGGGGCUGCUGGUGGAGCCGCUGGUGCUGGUGCCGGAGUAGCUGGGGCUGCUGGUGGAGCCGCGGGUGCUGGUGCCGGAAUAGCCGGAGCCGCUGGUGGUGCAGCUGGGGCUGGGGCAGGAGUAGCUGGUGCCGCUGGUGGAGCCGCUGGUGCUGGGGCCGGAGUAGCUGGAGCCGCUGGUGGAGCCGCUGGUGCUGGGGCCGGAGUAGCUGGUGCAGCUAGUGGGGCCGCUGGUGCUGGUGCCGGUGCUGCUGGUGGUGUUACUGGUGCUGCUGGUGCUGCUGGUGGAGUAGCUGGUGCAGCCAAUGGCGCAGCUGGUGCCGGUGCUGCUGGUGAUGUUGCUGGCGCAGCUGGUGCAGCCGGUGGUGCAGCUGGUGGAGUAGCUGGUGCAGGAGCAGGAUCAGCCGGAGCAGGAUCAGCCGGAGCAGGAUCAGCCGGAGCUGGAUCAGCAGGAGCAGGAUCAGCCGGAGCAGGAUCGGCCGGAGCAUCUGGAUCUGCUGACGGAUCAGCAUCAGCCUCAGGAUCAGGAUCAGCAUCAGGAUCGGGAUCAGCCGGAGCAUCAGGAUCCGCUGACGCAUCAGCUGGAGCAUCAGGAUCAGGAUCUGCUGACGGAUCAGCCUCAGCAUCAGGUUCGGGAUCAGCCUCAGGAUCAGGAUCUGCUGACGGAUCAGCCUCAGGAGCUGGAUCAGCCGCAGGAGCAGGAUCAGCCGCAGGAGCAGGAUCAGCCGGAGGCGCUGGUGACGCAGCCGGAAGUGUAGCUGGUGCCGCCGGUGCUGCUGGUGGUGCCGCUGGUGGAGUUACUGGUGCCGCUGGUGCCGCUGGUGGAGCCGCUGGUGGAGUUACUGGUGCCGCUGGUGCUGCUGGUGGUGCUGCUGGUGGAGUUACUGGUGCUGCUGGUGGCGCAGCGGGCGCUGGUGCCGGCGCUGCUGGUGCUGCGUCCGGAGCUGCUGGUGUAGCUGGUGGUAUUGGCGCUGGAGCCGGAGGUGCAGCUUCAGGAGCUGUUGGUGCAGGUCUCGCUGCAGGUCUGUCUGCAGGUGCAGGACUUGGUGCAGCAAGUGCUCUCGGUGGUGCAGCAGGUGCAGGUCUCGCUGGAGGAGCCAGCAUUGGAGGAGCUGCAUCUAUCGGAGCUCAAGUAGCCGGACAAGCCGGCGCAGGAGCAGGCGCAGGCGCAGUUUAAAUUGGAGUUAACCAUCGAUGAAAUUCGUCAAGCAAACUUAGUUUCUUAAGAUCAUUAAUUGUGUUAUUAUGACACAAGUUUUUGAUCACCGGCCAUAUAAAAAAAAAUUACUACUGUUUUGGAUUUUGAUGUAUAAUUGUAUUACUUUAAUGUAAUAUAUUUAUAUCAUUUUUGUAUACAAUUAAGUGAAUUUACCAAUAAAAAAAAUAGAUACUGAAA